AUGAAUAAGACAAUCAUUCUUUUUCUCCUCUCUAUCUUCUUCCUCCCUCUUCACAUGUUUGCUUCCGAACGUGUCGGAGGUUGGAAUCCCAUCAGAGACGUUAAGGAUCCUCACGUCGUAAAGAUCGGCCAGUUUGCAGUCUCGCAGUACAACAUACAAAGCCAAUCUGGACUGAAGUUCAUGAAUGUUGUUCGCGGUGAGUUUCAGGUAGUCUCUGGUAUAAACUACAAGCUUGUCGUGGAGGCUAAUGAUGGCAACAACAGUGCAGACAGAACGUAUGAGGCCGUUGUAUUUGAGCAGCCGUCAAUGAAAUCAAUGAAUCUCACUUCCUUCACACCACUAUUAAAGAAUAGCUUACUAUGA